AUGGAUCAAGAAAAGAUGAAGGUGGUGAAAACCACAGUUGAGGCUGAUGUUCAUGAAGUUGAUCGGAUCAGUGAACUUCCGGAUUCUCUACUCUGUCACAUCUUGUCAUUUCUUCCAACCAAAGACUCCGUUGCCACUUCCAUUUUCUCAAUCAGGUGGACAUACUUAUUCGCUUUCGUCCCAGAUAUUGACCUGCGGUACAAUCACAAUAAUCCCUUUGAUCAUCAGCUUUUUCUUGAUUUCAUCAACUUAUGCAGCAGAAUCAUUUUACUUCGAAAGGGAAUUUCAGUUCGAAAAUUUAAGUUGUUCCUUUGGGGAGUUUAUAGCAAAAGGUUUGGUAUGACACUAAAAUCAUUUAUAUCUGCUGCCCUUUUGUGUCAAAUUCAAGAAUUUGAUAUUCAACUACUCCAAGAAGCUGAAGCAAACACCAAGAAACAAGUACUUCCAGGUUUUCAUAGAAAUCUCAGGAGAAAAAGUACAAGACACUUGAAUAAUCCCAAAAAGGUUGGUCGGACUUUGAUUCUCUAG